AUGCAGAAGAAUAUAAAUCCAGGGACUGUAGGCACCUGCGACUCUCCUUUCCUUCAGUCAUCAUUGAUUCUUAAGGCUACUCCGGGUCAGAUAGACAGAAUGAAGACUGUCUUGCUUAGCAUUCUUUUAGGAAUGCUCACUGUGUUAAGGGCACAAAAGAUUUUCUCCAAGGAGAAAUUUGAUUUAAAAAAGUUUUCAGGCUUUUGGUAUGAAGUUGGAAUAUCUUCCAAUUUUAACCUAUUCUUGAAACAAAAAGGUAUCAAGAGGUUGGGAGCUGUGUUUGUAACACCAGUGGAAAAUAAUAUAAGAGUGACAACUACUUUUGACAGAUUUCAUGAAUGUGUUAUAGAAAAUAUUUUGGGCAAUCAAGUAGACAUGCCAGGGAAGUUUGCAUUUCCAAGGUCUAGGAAAGUAUAUGUGAUAGAGACGGACUAUAAGAACUAUGCCAUAGUGAAUAUUUCCAUCCUAAAGAAAGGGAUGAGACUUAACGUCUUGAAGAUUUUUAGUCGAACCCUGAAGAACAUUGACAAAGGUUUGAAGAGAUUAAGAGAAAUCAGUGAAAUGAUUGGGAUCUCCAGGGAUAAUGUAUUCAUGUUGAUUUAUGAUGAAACAUGUGUGAAGAUGAUUAAGAAGAAUAAUUUGUAGGGGAGGAUAUUUUGGUUACUAAUGGAGAAAGUUACCUGCUCUGCCUCCAAGGAUUUACAGAUGGUUCCCUUUAUCUUUCCAGUCAUCCUCUAUUUCCACAGUCCCAAUCUCCUUUGUGGAGUUAGUAAAAAAACUCCUUUUUUAGUAUUGAAUAAAUUUAUAUUCCAAACUAGUC